AUGCACGAAUGUUUUCGCUUUCUACUUUGUUUUCUUCUUACAUUGUUCAUUUUACUCCAUUUUGUACAAUGUCGAAAUGUGUAUACGCCAACAAGCGAUCGUGAUAAGACUUCGUUGAGUGACCUCUAUUCGAUGAAUCUAUGCAUGUUUCGAACGAAUCGGCUAUGUGAUUAUUUACGUGAAAUGAUACCAGAAAAAGCAGACGAUGAACAACAACUUUGGAAGCGUCGUACUAGUAAUUUUUACAGUAAUUGGUAG